AUGCUGCGCGACGGCGUCAUCGAGCCCGUCGACUGCUCCGACUGGGCCUCUCCUCUAGUACCGGUAAAUAAAGCGGACGGAUCCUUGAGGGUUUGCGCUGACUACAAGGCAACGUUAAAUCCGGUUUUGCAGAUCGAUCGCUACCCCUUGCCGCGGAUCGAGGAUUUAAUGGUUAGGGGAAUUCCAAAUGUGGAGAUAUUUUUAGACGACGUGAUCAUAGGCGGUAAAACAAUUAGCGAGCAUUUGGAGGCAUUACAAGAAGUCUUUAGCAGACUACAUAAUUCGGGUCUCAAGUUAAAAUCUAGCAAAUGUGUUUUCCUAGUUAACGAAAUUCGAUACUUGGGUUACGUAAUCAGUAAAGACGGGAUCAAAACGGACCCAUCUAAAAUCGAAGCUAUUGCAAAACUACCUAGGCCAAGUAAUGUUUCGGAACUUAGGUCAUUUUUAGGAAUUUUGAACUUUUAUGGGAAAUUUAUAAAGAAUAUGAGUAGCAGGUUGGUUCCGUUAUAUGAGUUGUUAAAGAAAGAUAAAGAGUGGUAUUGGUCUGCGGAAUGUGAAAAUGCGUUUAUUAAAAUUAAAAAAAUACUUAGUAGCGUGGACACCCUAGCCCAUUAUGAUUCUAAGAAGCCAUUAGUAGUAACGUGCGACGCGAGUGGGCGGGGCAUCGGCGGCGUGCUGACGCAGAUCGACGCCGGCAGCGGCGGCGAGCGCCCGGUAGCGUAUGCGUCGCGGACGCUGACCGAUGCCGAAAAGAACUAUUCACAGAUACAUCGCGAAGCGUUGGCUAUAAUUUUUUGCGUAAAUAAAUUUCAUCAAUAUUUAUACGGCCGACAUUUCACGUUGCGGACAGACCACAAGCCCUUGGUAUCUAUUUUCGGUCCGAACACGGGUAUCCCUGCUAUGGUAGCUAGUCGUAUGCAGCGCUGGGCGAUUAUUCUGUCGGCUUACUCGUUCGACAUUGAAUAUGUGCGAACUAAUGAAAAUAGCGCGGACGGUCUGUCGCGGUUGCCGAUCGACUGUAAACAAAGCGAGCCGACACCGCCUGAGCAAACGUACUUACAUUGUAUUCAAGAUUCUUUAUGUUUAGACUAUAAUGAAAUAAAAAACGAGACGAUACGGGAUCCAAUACUGGCUAAAGUAUUGCUAUACAUACGGGACGGUUGGCCUGCACAUUGCGAGUUAACAAAUAUGAAACCGUACUGGAAUAGGCGAAAUGAGUUGUACGAGGAGUUAGGAUGUGUUAUGUGGGGACACCGGUUAGUGGUGCCCGAAAAAUGUAAAAGUAAAAUUUUAAAAAUUAUUCACGAACCCCACAUGGGCAUAGUAAAAUCCAAGGCGCUCGCCCGCAGCUAUGUAUGGUGGGCGGGCAUCGACGAAGCGGUGGAGCGCGCGUGCCGGGAGUGCGAGGCGUGCGCGGCGCAGGCGGACGCGCCGCCACGGCAGACACCGCGCAUGUGGCCCUGGCCAUCGCGCCCCUGGACCCGCCUCCAUUUAGAUUUCUUGGGCCCAAUCGGGGGGAAAACAUUUUUGGUGGUAGUGGACGCGAUGUCGAAGUGGAUCGAAGUUUUCCACAUGACGGGGGUUUCGGCGAGCUAUUUAAUUGAUCGUUUAAAUGAAUUAUUCAGCCGGUUCGGUAUACCGAAGCAGAUCGUCACUGAUAACGGUACGCAGUUCGCUUCGAAGGAGUUCGAAUAUUUUAACCAGUAUUACGGCAUACAACACAUUUUCACUCCACCUUAUCACCCAUCGUCGAACGGGUUAGCCGAAAACGCGGUUAAAACGCUUAAGAGGAUAAUUAAAAAGGCGCUGCAAGAGAAGCGGGACAUAAACAGGGCUCUGUGGUCAUUUUUACUUUACUACCGUAACGUGGAACAUUGUACGACUGGCGAGAGCCCGGCGAUGCUUUUACUCGGCAGACCGAUACGUACCCGCCUCGAUGUAAUUAGACCGGAUCGGGAGGGCAAAGUGCGUUGCGCACAACAACGUCAGCAGGAGGCGGCCGGCGGGGCCAACCGGACAUUCGACAAGUCUGAUACGGUUUGGUACAGGCAGUACCUGAAAGGGGAGAAAUGGAUUCCGGGGCAGGUAGUAGAGGUUCUUGGAAGCAGUAACUUUAGGGUAAGAGGAUCCGACGGUGGGGUGGUGCACAGACAUAUCGAUCAGUUGCGUAGGAGACCGAGCGAGAGCAGGCAAUCGCUCGCGUCUGCCCCGUCUGUGUUGGGUGAACAGCUAGACAGUGCGAACGCUCAAGGAUCAGACCCCGAGGGCGCGGGGUCGGAGGAGGACGAGUCGGAGGGGCCGACGGGAGAGAGGGCGCCGCGCGUGGCCGAGCCGCCGGCGUCGCAGCCGCAGCCCGCUCCGGCUUCACCGGGCGGGUCAGGACAUGUGUCCGCGGCUGCCGCACUUAGAGUUCGCCCUAUUAGGCAGUGCCGAUUAGUUAAGCCUAAGUAA